GAUGACCCAUCACUUGAAUAAUUUAAUCACACAGCUCCCUCUUUUUAUGCCAAUCUGUAAUCUCUCUCGCACUGAGUUUCCCAGUAUUUCUACCCCAUCACAGAGAGAGAGAGAAACUGAGGUUGCCACCUGCUCUUUGUCUGUUUACACUUUGUUUCAACGGAUUCCUUUGUGAGAGGAAAUGGGAAACUGUGAGAAGAUGGUUGUCAUCUCUCCAACUACUAACGAGUGGCCACAGACUCAGAUAGAUGAGAAAAACUCGAUGGCAUCUACAAGUAAACUGAUGGAGAAACAAGGCCAAGAACUAUCACAACAACACCACCAACUCCAGCCACAACAAGCUCUCAAGUGUCCACGCUGCGAUUCCUCUAACACCAAGUUCUGUUAUUACAAUAACUACAGUUUAUCUCAGCCCAGGCACUUCUGCAAGGCUUGUAAGCGAUACUGGACCAGAGGUGGAACCUUGAGGAAUGUUCCUGUGGGUGGUGGAUGCAGAAAGAACAAGCGUGUGAAGAGGGCUGCUUCCGCCGUUGAAGGAGGUGCUUCAGCUUCUAGUGCUAACCCUAACCCUCCUUCUCAAACCCAAAUCGAUAUUUCUUCAAACUCAAAUCACAUCAAUCCUUUGUUUUAUGGGUUACCCACUAACCCAUCUGGGAUGAAUCUCCCGUUUCCUGGAAGGUUCAAUUCGAAAGUCUCAUCAAGUGUGGAUACUGUUUCUGGGUAUGAUCUCCAACCUCAGCUUAAUGCUCUUGCUCUAGGGUUUUCAUCAGGAAUCAUGAGUAAUGAAGCUAAUGGAUUUAACCCCACUAAGCAAAUCCAAGAUGUGGUUACUUCAAGUUCAUUACUUUCAAAUUAUUCCAUCUUUAGUGCCUCUUCUUCAACCAUCACAACGUCUACAACUAUGGCUACUUUGCUUGCAUCAAACUUUCACCAACAGAAGUUCAGUAUCAAAGAUUCCAGAGCUCCUAAUCACUUUCAGACUUUCGAGGACCUGCAAAUGAGUGGCAAUAGCGAAUCCGGGAUCUCUAUGAAAGAAGUGAAAAUGGAACAAGAACAAAGCAGGUUGAACUGGAACAUGCCAUGCCAGAAUCAAAUAGAACAAAUUGGCUUCUCAUCAUCAGAUCCUUCAAUUUAUUGGAACACAGCCACAAGCAAUACUAUCGGUGCAUGGCAUGAUCCAACGAACAUUGGGUCCUCAGUCACUUCUCUGAUCUAGCACAACCAAAAUCUAUUUCUUUCAAUCCAUCUCCCUCUUUGUUUUUUUCCUUUUUUCUACAAUAAUCUUGGUCUCUUCAGCUUAGAUUUUCCUUUGUUGGUUACUUAUUUUCGUAGUAGAGUUUAAGGAUGGAAAUCACAAACCAGAAAAAGAUUGAAGCAAAUUAAAGAUGAGAGGAGCUUGGAUCGGAGAGAUCAUGUCAGCUGCUAGAAAUCAGCCUACUAAUUUUAUUUCGAAGGUUGAGUAUCCAUAAUUGCGCUGAGAGGAACCUCGAUCCUCUUUCAUCUCGUCAAGUACUCAGGUAUCAUCAUCAUCUACACAAUGUUGAAGAAAAGGAUCAAAUAUUUGGUGCAACUUUCUUGUACCAAUAUUAUUCAAUAAGUUGGUCCAACUGAUUACUUCAUAAUUUGUAUGUAUAUAUGUAUGACAUGUACUCUUUUCUUUCUACUUAUUCUUUAGGACGAGGCACUGCUGAUUUCUCUUCUUCUUUUUUUUUUUUUUUUU